CUUCAAAGUAAGUGAUCAAUUUUGUUUAUCUUUCAAAAAGUGUAAAGUGCAUCGAAAUAUUAAGAAGAAACCAACGUAAUUAAUAUAAGUUAGAUUUAGCAAUUUUACAUGUCUGUAGAAAUCUUAGAUUUAGAGGAUUUAAAUCAGUCUAUUAACUCAAUUAGAAUAAGCGACGUAUUUAACACAAACGAAACAAUUAUGCCGAACCAAAAUACAGAGUCAUUAAUUAGUGCAGCUAGAAAUUAUGGUGAGAUUUUACCUAAAUUUGAGGGAAAGAGUAGUAAUUUAGAGACUUUCAUUCUUAGGGUAGAUAGCUUUUACCAAAAAUAUGGUAAUACUGCAGAUGUAACACUAAACGAGUAUGUAUAUUGUUUGAUUUGUAACAAAUUAACAGGAGAAGCUAGCGAUUUUGUAACUUGUAGACCAGAUAUUAACACUUGGAUAUUACUCAAGGAAGCUCUUAGACAUAAAUUUGGCGAUUUUACUGAUCGUAAGAUCUUAUCACAUCAAUUUAAAAUGCUAAAAAUUAAACAAGAUGAAAAUUUGGUAGAAUUCAUAGAAAGAAUUAGGUCAGUACAGACAAGAUUAGACAUUAAAACACAGUCAGAUUCAGCUUUAACUCGAGAACAAAAACAAAUUCAUAAGGAAAUCAAUGAACAAACAGCUUUAGAGGUGUUAUAUAAUAACAGCCCAGCAAUGUUACAAACUAUAAUGGACGUUAGGGAACACGCAACGCUUUCAGCGGCAACUAAUACAGUUCUAAAUUUCAUCACAAAACAUCCUCCCGAAAAGCAAAAGACUAAUAUUUCCCCAAAGGUUCACAUUAACCAACCGAUUAACAACCAAUUCCAAAACCAAAACUUCACCCGAACUUCCCAAAAUAAUUCAUUUGUAAAUCGUGGGAAUGUAGCACAAAAUACAUCGCGAAAUAAUUUCACAAAUCAACCAAGAAUGCAAUCAUUCCAACAAAGAAACUAUAACCCAAACACACAAAAUAAUUACACAUCAAGAAGUACAUCUCAAAAUCAGAAUAAUUUUAGACAAUUAAACCAAAACACGAGUAGAGUAAACAAUGCUCCAAUUACAAGAAACACCCAAAAUUUACCACCAGAUAAUAGUUUAAGAUCAAGCACAUUUCAACGUACAGCUUUUAAAAAUUGGCGUCAACCGCGCAUAAAUUGCACGGAAGUUGAACCAGUAGAUUACGAAAAUCAAAAUUAUUGUGAGGACGAAAAUUACUAUGAAAAUCAGAAUUAUUGCGAGGAAACCAACCCCGAAUAUUUCCCAGAGGACUACUAUAAUUGUAAUAAUACGGAAGAAAUUAAUUCAGUAGGUUGUAAUAAUGAACAAUUAAACCAAGAUCAUGUAGAUGUCGUAAAUUUUCAACCACCUGCCUCGGACAACAAUUAAAUAAUAGCUUUUUAACAAAUUUCAAUAGUUUUAGCACGUUACCAUGCAUAAUGUUACAGAUAGGAGAAAACACUCAUUUAAAAAUUCUUGUAGACACUGGCGCUACAAAUUCACUAAUUAAUCCUAAGGUAGCUUAUAAUUAUUUUCAGGACUAUAUUUAUAAAGAAUACUUUUUACUUAGAACUAUAAUGACGGAAACGACACACAACGAAUGUCUUAAUGUAGAUUUAUUCCAGGAAGAGCAAAAUUUAAAAUUUCUCUUAGUUCAAUUUCAUAAGGACUUUGAUAUCCUUUUAGGAUCAGAUAAUUUGGAAAUUAUGAAUGCGAAAAUAGACUACGAGAUAGGGUCAAUAGUAUUAAAUAAUGUUAUUCAUCCUUUAACGCGUUAUGACACUCAAAUUGCAACAAAAUUAGAGAAAAAGAAAUUUUCAGUACCAAUAAGAAAAGGACCGAUAUUAGUACCUCAACAAGAAGUAAAUGGCGUAAUAAUCCCAGAAACAUUAACAACCGCAGAUAAUUAUCACUGCGAAGUUCCAAUUUUUGGCAUAUCAAAAACAAAAACCCCAACAAAGACAAAGAUUAAAGCACGACAUAUAAACCAAAGCGAACUAGACGUUUGUAGUAUGUUUACAGCUAAACCAUGUAAAAACGCGACAAGUACACUUCCUUUAGAUUUAUCUCAUUUACCACAAAACGAAAAUGGAGUAGUUAGAAACUUAUGUGAAGAAUAUAAGGAUAUCUUUUAUAAAGAAAAUGACGUAUUAACAUUCACCAAUACAGUUAGGCACAAAAUACCUUUAAAUUCAGAAAUUCCAGUUUACGUAAAACCUUAUAGAUUUCCACAAGUGCAACGCAACGAGAUAGAUAGACAGGUUGAAGAAUUAAAAAGACAGAACAUCAUCACGGAGAGUGAAUCCCCAUAUAAUUCACCAAUAUUUUUAGUACCC